AUGGACCUAAUACGUGAGGUCCUGGCGAAUGGGAUGGACAUCUCGAUAUUGACGGCUCGGUAGAACAGCGUUCCGAUGUUGGAGAACCCUGCAUCAUAUAAAUAUGCGGAGGGAAGGUUUCAUCAGGGAUAGUGAUCUGGGCCGACAAGUGCCGAGUACAAUCAGAGAAACGCCGUGUACAGCGAUGCGCGAAAAGCAGAUGGGAGGUUACGGAGGAACUCGGUGACGUGCGAGACGAAAAUGAAGUGGAGCGCAAGUGAAGUUUGUGUAACUCUAUCGCGGAAGGGUAUAUUCGUAAGAUUGAAGAAUGAAAAGAGCACCGUCCCCUCGAGUAUAGUCGACCACUCUACCACGCUUCGCAAUAUAUCGCACAUUCGACGUAUCGAGAUCAACGCCUAUGACAAGUGACAUCACUCAUAAGCUUAAUCAUGGCGAUGCUUUCUGGCCCACACGGUAGUCGUGAGGAAAACAACACCGAAGAAAACACACACAGACGCUGUCAUGAACGUGGCAGCAACCAUGUUGCAACAAUGUUUCUCGUUUUCUCUACGCUGCCUGGCUGCAAGUUGAACAUCGCACUGUUCGCAGUGAACGUGGGGUUGUGGCUUGGGUCGCAAGACGCCUGCGAUGGUUUGCGCGAACGUCUCUGGAGUGCUUGUAGUGUCCGCAGAGCUGGAGGAUGGCUUGUAACCGUUAACCGGGUGGUCGGCAAAGACAUCAUCAUAGGCGGGUGCGGCCUCUCGUGGAGUAGUAGGAAUGCCCAUAGUAGCGUUUUGGGAAGAUUUUUGGAUUCCGAAUGUUGGGCACACGUCGAAAAUAUGCAGGGUGAUGAACGGGAGAGGGUUCCAAGCUCCAAGCCCCCGCAACGUUGCGCGAAGUUAAUCACACGUGGUGAGCCGCCUGCCAACCGUGAACCCCUAACGACUUCCAACGGGUAUCUCCAUUGUCCCAGAUAUCCUCAAUCCUAUGGGAGUACCGCAUGUUGA